UAAUGCGAGAGGAAAAUGCGACAGUUUGACAGGAAUAAGCCCAGCCGAGGAGGGUUCAGUUCAGAUGUGACGGAAUAUGUCGGAAUUUCAGAAACAGAACCGAAAGAAAGCCACAAGAGAGAAGAAAAUGGACAAACAGACUCUGAAAUUGAUCUUAGUUACGUUGCGUUUUGCGUGAUUUGAUUCUUCAACCCCACUUUGGGUUGUAAACAGGGAAUAUGGAAAGCGCGCAAAGUCCGAGACCGGAGCAAUCAUCAAAACCAAGCCAUGAACCCAUACGUUUCGGCAUUGACCGGAUCCUCGCUUCCUCUGACCGACAGCAUGGAUCAGAGAGCAUCACUGAGAGCCAAACCGCCACAUUCACUGCCCUGGUCGCGCCACUCUCUGCUUUUCCUGGCACUUUAGAGGACCCGAGUGAGUUCGUGCCGAACAGGACUCUGGGACACCGCGGGGUGAUCAGGGUCCCGGCGCACAGACCACUUGGUGCUGCCAUUGCGCCGCCUGUGGUGAGCGCAGCUCCGGGCUUCGGGCCGCUUUGCUUCCCCUGGGUAGAUAAUCACCGCAGAUUCACCAAAGACAGACUGCCAGCUCUAUUAGCGCUGCCCAUAACCCGGCGCAUUGGUCACCCAUACCAGAACCGCACACCUCCCAAGCGGAAGAAACCACGCACGUCAUUUUCACGCGUGCAGAUCUGCGAGCUCGAGAAGCGCUUUCACCGGCAGAAGUAUUUAGCCAGUGCUGAGCGCGCGGCUCUUGCCAAGACACUUAAGAUGACCGACGCUCAGGUCAAAACAUGGUUCCAGAACCGAAGAACCAAAUGGAGGAGACAGACAGCUGAGGAAAGGGAAGCCGAGCGCCAGCAGGCUAACCGGAUGCUACUCCAGCUACAGGCUGAUGCCCUCCAGAAGUCCAUCAGUGAGUCAGUGCCUGUAGAUCCUCUCUGCGUGCACAACUCUUCACUGUAUGCCCUGCAGAACCUGCAACCAUGGGCUCAAGACAAAGCAGGCAAAAUGGCCACAACUACUUCACUGGCCUAAAUAAAUACAAGCAAAUAAGGAAUGACUGUCAUGGUGCAACAACUAAACAUCUGCGAAUUGUUACAAGCCAAGUAAGAUAAGCUUCAUGAUCUUGGUAUCAUAUUGGGUAGAUAGGUAGAUGGUGGAAAGAAAUAAUUUGAUGACACGCAAAUAUGAGCAAAGCUGUAGACAUGUCUGAGCUCUAGACAUUUCUGAGGACAUAUUUAGAUUUAUACCACAUCUGCAUUCUGUGAGGAGUGCACUAUUGAUCAAUAUCAUACCAAAUAUGCAUCAGGAUUAAAGAAUCAGACUUUCCUUUGCUCCCAGUGCUUUAUAUUUAAUAUAAUGGUUCAUCUACAGUCUUUGAGUUGAUGUGGUUGCACAACAAUCUUCAGAACUCAAUACUCAGAUAUCUGAAAGGUGGCUUACUUGUGUGAUUAAAAUGUAUACUCAUGUAGUGUAUACUGAAAUGUAUACUAAGGUAUAACCUCCAAGGUGUCAAACAAGAAAUAACACUGCAGUGGGGAUUGUGAAUGUAAAAUAACACAAGCAAGGUUUAUGAUUAUAAGAUGCUUUCUUUUCAUGAUGGACAGCAAGGACAAUCUGGGGCUGCAAAUCCAAACCUUAUACAAAACAAACAAAAGGUAAUGUUCAACACCCAGGCAAAAACAUACUAUUGCUGUCCAUCAUAAUUUUUUCCUUAAUUUUUAAAUCCUGUCCCAGCUGAUGUUCCAGUGUUGUUGGCGCAAAUAUAGACUGUGGAAUAUCUGAUUAUAUGUUUGACCUUUUAUAUAAAUGAGUAAAGUGUACAUUUCUACUCAUUGCCAGUGACUGUGUUGUUGAAAAUGAAGUUUACUAUUCUUCUGAAUUUCCUAUGAUUACUUGCGUUGCGGCUAAUAGUACUGAAAUUAAAUGUGUCUCGGGCUUCUACAUAGUGUUUUAGGCCAAGCCUUUAUCUUGGCCCAGUCUCAUUGCCACUACAAUACAGAAAGUUACCAUGUUGUAAAUCCUGGUUUAAAUGCCUAGUAAUUAAUACAAACUUCGUAAGUCACAAACCCUUUGCAGAGGAACUUGUUUGAGGCUAACUGAAGUUCUGCCUUUAAAGGGAAUACUCCAGUGUUUUCACUCCUUGUACAGUAUAGUGCAUCUGUACCUUAUGUGUGAUUACAGCUUACAAUAAUCUAAUGAGUUUGUUGGGGAAACAGUAAACAUUGUAUUUCUAAAAAUGAUUAUAGACCACUUUUUAACCUUCACUCAAAACUAUGUAUAAAUUAGUAAUAAAUUGCUUUAAAUUAAAUAACUAAAUUAUAAAUGAUUGUGCAUAUGUAUCAAAUAUACAUUUUAAUAUAUUAUGCAUAAGUCUACUUUAAGUGUACACUAAAGGUUUACUCACUUCCAUUGUAAGACUUAGAAGACUAAUAAGAGGUUUAGAUUUAGGUCACCAUCCUUUCUGUGCAGAGUAAUACAAUCAUCUGUUAAAAUUGUCUGUUGUAAUCACACAUAUACUAAAAUCCAGGGAUUAGUUUGAUAAAUGUGGUCUUACUUUACAAGUGUCUUUAAUAUCUAGACGUAAACUACACAGGCAACAAUAUAACUGGUAAGAAUCUCUGCACACGUAGAUUACAGACGUAAAUACAUAAAUGCACACAUCUCCUCUUCUUCUGUCACUGAAAGGAAAACUGGGAUAAUAACUUUUGUAUACAUUUCUAGUUUUGCCUAUACAUACAUAAUAAGAACACAGGAACUGUUUGCCUACUUUGAUUGUAUAACAAUAUAAAGUUGUAAUUGUUGUAUUCCACAACAAUUCCACAGAAAUGAUAUAAAUGUUAAGCUUAAACUUUUGACAAAAUGCAUAAUUACAAGCAAGAUUUACUUCUUUAAUCUAUCAUUAAUAGUGCAUAUAUUCACAGCAGUUACAUUAUAGUUGCCUGCAUAAUUUUAAGACACAUUAUUAUAUGCACGUUAUAUAAAGUAAGAGAAAAUAUGCUGGAAUAUUCCUUUAUAUAAAAACACAUUGCAUUUGUUAUUUUAAUGAACGGCAAAAUCCUUGUUGGUACAUUUCCUGUCAUAGACUAAGCCUGGUCUUAGAUUGAAUUUCAGUGUUAUUUAAAACCUUUUUAUUCCUAGAUGAGGAUUACUCUAUGUCUGAAACACUAGGGCUAUAUUCUAUGUCUUUCUAAACAUGAGUGAAAAAUGUCUAUGACAAAAUAUACAAAACUUUCUUAUGUAAAUAAUAUUGAUCAUCAUAUAAUAUGACAUGUUUUGACAUGUUUGUCAUUCUUAAUAUGUUUAUAAUUUAAGGUAAAUGGGUGUAUAAAUAUAUAAAACAAUCAAUAUUAUUGUUUGAAAUUUUUUUAUUGUUAAAUAUUAUUUUAUACAGCUACAAGAAAGUGUUUCCUGUCUCUGUCUGCCUGAUUCUCUGUCUGUCUGUCUGUCUGUCUGUCUAUCUGUUCAUCUGUCUGCUUGUUGUACAAUGAAAAAUAGGGUUUCAGAAAAAAACAGCAAAGCCCAGCAACUGUUUGUUGCAUCAAUUAUGCAUAAAUGAAAAUCCACAGAAUACUGAAUAUGAAAAGAAUGCUUGGAGAGGUGCAUAUGGUGCAUGGCGUAAAAGGUGCUUCCUCUUCCUCUCGCUGCUGAUUCUCAUCACAGUGAGUAGUGAUACAUAUGGCUGCAUGUGUACUUACUGUGCAGUUUUUCCUCAAAAAAAAAAAAUUAAAAAAGAAAUUUUUA